AAAUGGACGAAGAAGAAAUCAACGCGCCGUGGCCAUUUACCUUGCCAUAGCAGCGCGUUCCUUGAGCUCGCGGUAGCCUGCGAGAUCCGAGGCGGAGUUCCUCCCUGGGCAAUAACUAAAGCCCGAAGUGCCUUUCCAGCGUGAAAAUGAGUGGACUGAAAUCAGCACCGGGUCUACGCGUGCGAGUGGCGUCGAAGCGUAGGUGCCAGACGGGCGAAGGCCCACACUGGGACGAAAAGGCCCAAGCUCUGUUGUACGUUGACUGCUACGCAGGAUGCAUCAGCAGGCUUGACCCCGAGACUCAUGAGGACAUUGACACCAUACAUUUCGAGGGCACCACACCUUUCGCAAUUCCAUUGGCAAACCACCACCACAAGAUCAUCGUGGGUCAUAACCACUAUGUCAAGCUGACCGAUAUGAAGAAACGACAUGAGGAACUUAUUGCUAUGGUUGAGACGGAAAACGCUGGCACCCGGUUGAACGACGCAAAGUGUGAUGCGGCUGGUCGACUGUGGACUGCCACUAUGGCCGUGGACAAGAAACCGAUGAUGAAUGAGGCUGAACAAGGGUCCAUGUACAGUAUCGAGAAAAAACACAUCCGUAAACACAUCGAACGCAUCACUCUGCCCAACGGCAUUGCCUGGACCGCAGACAACAAGAAAAUGUUCUUCGUCGAUUCUGUGCCCAAGAAGCUCUACGUGUACGACUUCGACCUCGCUAAGGGAGAUAUCAGUAACCAGAAGGUUGUGGUGGACUUCGCGGCUGCGCCUCUAAACGAAUUGGGCAAUCCAGAUGGUAUAACCAUCGAUCAGACUGACAAGAUCUGGGUGGCGUGCUUCAACGGUUCGCACGUUGUCAAGGUGGAUCCCGCAACUGGAACCCUGAUGCAGAAGAUCAAGAUCCCCACGCAGUUGGUGACGUCCCUCUGCUUCGGCGGCCCACGGUACGAAGACCUCUUCGUAACGACUGGCUUCAUCGGACUGUCACGGGACCAGCUGCAAAGCCAACCGGAUGCUGGCGCUAUCUUUAAGGUGUCCGGCAUUCCUGGUACAAAAGGCUUGCCACCGAACUGCUUUGCCAUGUAGAAGCAAGAUGGAUCGCACACGUCGCUUUAUAACUAAAUCAAAUAUGAAAAAUAAAUCAAAAUGAACAGCUGCACGGAACCAGCUGUAAGACUGAAAUAUU